CAAGGUCCAUUUUACAUGUCGUUUUCCCCUUACCCAAACACCAAUUUUCCCAGGGUUUUCCUUUUCAUGUGCACAACAAAGUACAGGUGUACCGUAAUUAGAGGUGAAAUUCAUACAAAGCUCCCAGACACGCAGUUCCCCAAUCCAUGUUGUUGAACUAUCAGUACCCCGGACAAAAGCGAGAAACCAGCAGCCUGUGCGUUUAGGCUUUUAGCACACACAUGAUCCUGCGGAGGCUGGUGUCUCUCGUCCUCGAUGGCUCCUGGCCGCGCGCUCGAGCCACCGUGGCGGCGCACGCGGCCGCCGUCAGAGCCGGCCACGCGGCAGACGUCUUCCUCUGCAACCACCUCAUCGUCUCCUACGCCGGGUGCGGCCUCCUCGACGCCGCGCGGAGGGUGUUCGACGAAAUGCCGCGCCGGAACCUCGUCUCGUGGUCGGCGCUCAUCUCGUGCUGCGCCCGCGCGGGGAGGCCGGAGCUCGCGCUGGAGCUCUUCGCGCGGAUGGGAGGCGCGCGGCCGAGCGAGCACGUCUACGCCAGCGUGGCGCGCUCCUGCGCCGCCCUGCGCGCGCUCGCCUCGGGCGCGCAGGUGCACGCCCACGCCGCCAAGAGCGGGCUCCUCGGCGCGUCCUUCGUGGCCAACUCCAUCGUGACGAUGUACAUGAAGUGCGGGUGCUUCGACGAAGGGUACGGCGUCUUCAGGGCGCUCGCGGAGCCGACCGUCGUGUCGUACAACGCCGCGAUCUCCGGUCUGGCGGCGAGCUCGCGGCCGGAGAAGGGCUUGGAGGUGUUCGGGCUCAUGAAGCUGCGGGGGCUGCGUCCGGACAGGUUCUCAUAUGGUGCUGCUCUUGGAAUCUGCAGCGGUUUGGAGAAUCCUAACAUUGGAGCAGCACUGCAUUGUGACACUGUCAAGAUCGGCCUGGACGUCACUCCUUUCGUGGGCAAUGUCAUCCUGGACAUGUACUCGAAACAUGGCACCAUCACAGAAGCAGAGCAGGUGUUCUUGUCCGUGGAAGAGAAGGACGCAGUCACCUGGAACACCUACAUCGCCGCGCACUCGCGGCAUGGCGGCCAUACGGAAGCUCUUAUGCUAUUCAAGAACAUGUUGGACACGGACGUCUGCCCGGACGACUUCACGUACGCCAGCGCCCUCACGGCGUGCGCGGAGCUCUCUCUGAUCCGCCAUGGCGGCCAAGUCCACUGCCACCUCAUCAGAUGCAGAGAAGACACCGACGUCGCCGUGGGCAACGCGGUCAUCAGCAUGUACGCGAGGUGCGGCCACAUGGUGCUCGCAGUUCGCGCUUUUGAUCGGUUGCCAUACCGGAACCUGUGCUCCUGGAACACGCUGAUUUCUGGGUUCGGCAAGCAGGGCCACGCCCGGGAAGCCAUCGCGACCUUCGAGCGGAUGAAGGGAACCGGGAUCGCUCCGGACUCGAUCACGUUCACCGGCCUUCUGGCCGGCUGCAACCACGCCGGACUGGUGGACGAAGGCAUGGAGUACCUCAACUCCAUGAGCGGGAGGUACGGCGUCUCGCCCGGAGCCGAGCACGUCUCUUGCGCCAUCGAUCUCCUGGGCAGAGCUGGGAGGCUGAAGGAGGCGGAGGACCGUGUCCUGGCAUCCGCGUCCCGCGACGACCCCGUCGUCCUGGGCAGCCUGCUCGCCGCCAGCAGGGCCCACGGGGACGCGGACGUCGGCGAGCGGGCCGCGGGGAGGCUGCUGGCGCUUGGGCCGGCGACGACCUCGCCGUACGUGCUGCUGUCGCACCUGCACGCCUCGGGCGGGCGGUGGGGAGCCGCCGCCGAGGCCUGGCGGAUGCUGAGGGGCGGCGCGGCGAGGAAGAAAAAUGCCGGCCGCAGCGUGGUCGAUUUCAGAUAAGAGACGAGAGGGUCGUCGUGGCUGGUGGCGCGGGCACGCCGCCGGUCUCCGGCCCUGGAGAUUCUUUCCGGCCCAGGCAGGCAGAGGCCGUUGCGAAUUGUGUGGCACCCGAAACUGGGCCGAGCCGGGGGCCCGGGAGCUACCGACGGCGCCGCGCACCGCGGAUGGAUGGAAUCCGAGACGCCGUGUAGAGGGCAAGGCGCCGUUCGCACGCAAAGGCGGACGGGCACGGGGGCGUAUUCGUUUCGUUCCCCUCCGGGCCACCACCUCUUCGGCUCUUCUCCUCUGGAUUCCACCAACCCGCGCCCCUCUUGGGCUCUUGGCUGCGUGCGUGUCGCCGUCCUCGGCACUUACCCCCUUCCCUGGCGGCCUGCCUGCCUGCCUCUACAGCAGCGGCCCGCCGGCACGGCGACGCGGCGAGCGCUCGCUCAAGGCCGCGGGGGCUACCUGGGUCGUCUGCUCCUCCAGCCCCAUCGGAGAUCCGCGCUGCCGUUCCCUGAUUCAGCGCCUGUUGAUGGAUGAGAGAUGAAAAACUUCAUCAAGUAAUCAAUUUGAAGAAGUUCAGAUGGGCUCCAUUCUAAGUGUGAGUAGUGCUAAGUCUAUGGAUCGACAUGAGUCAUCUGGGACAGAUCCUAAUAAGAGGGUGAAGGUAUCUACUUAUGAGUAUGGGACGAACCCGAGGAUCCUUCCAACACUUCCCGAUGAGCUCUCAUUCCAAAUUCUGGCAAGAUUACCACGGAUUCAUUACCUCAACUUGAAGAUGGUUUGCAGAGCUUGGAAGGCAGCAAUCACCAGCCAUGAACUUUCCCAGCUGAGGAGAGAGCUUCGUGUAAAUGAAGAAUGGUUGUAUGUACUGACCAAAGUCGAGGCAAAUAAGCUCGAUUGGUAUGGCCUUGAUCCAUUGUUUCAGAAAUGGCAGAGGUUGCCACCGAUGCCUUCUUUCGUCAAUGAGGAAUCCACUAGGACUGGAUCUUCUGGGUUCCGGAUGUGGAAUGUUGUGGGCUCAAGCAUUAGGAUUGCUGAUUUCGUGAGGGGCUGGUUCUGGCGCAGGAAUGGUUUGGACCAGAUGCCCUUUUGUGGUUGCUCAGUGGGUGUUGCUGAUGGUUACUUGUAUGUUGUUGGGGGCUUUUCCAAAGCUGUUGCCCUGAACUGUGUAUGGAGAUAUGACCCUUUUCUCAACUUGUGGGAGGAAGUAAGCCCAAUGAUGGCUGGGCGGGCUUUCUGCAAGGCAACAUUUUUGAAUGGCAAGUUGUAUGUAGUUGGUGGAGUCAGUAAGGGUCGGAAUGGCUUGCUUCCUCUGCGUUCAGCUGAGGUGUUUGAUCCAAAAACUGGACUGUGGAGUGAGCUACCAGAAAUGCCUUUUGCGAAAGCACAGGUACUCCCCACAGCUUUCUUGGCUGAUGUGCUGAAGCCUAUCGCCACAGGAAUGGCACCAUACAAGGGUAAACUGUACGUUCCUCAGAGCUUGUACUCAUGGCCAUUCUUUUUUGACAUUGGAGGUGAGAUCUAUGACCCGGAACUGAAUUCUUGGUCAGCGAUGCCAGAUGGUCUCGGCGAUGGAUGGCCAGCAAGGCAGGCAGGCACAAAGCUCGGUGUCGUGAUCGAUGACAAACUUUAUACCUUGGAGCCUUCUACCUCUUUGGAUAGUGGCCACAUAAAAAGAUACAACUCUGAAGAAGACACAUGGGUAACUAUCGCCCCACAGGUUCCGGUUAACGAUUUCACUGAUGCAGAGGCUCCAUAUUUACUUGCUGGCCUCCAUGGAAGGCUGCACGUUAUAACAAAGGCGGCGAACAAUACUCUCCAGGUUAUGCAUGCUGUGGUGCAGAAUAACACAGGCAGCGGGGCAUCAGAAGAAAACGUGUUAUGGAACACAGUGGCUUCCAGGAACUUUGGGACGGCUGAGCUUGUGAGCUGCCAGGUUCUUGAUGUUUAAAACGAGGUCGCCUUUCACACCUGUAGAGCAUACGUUUGGACUAGGUUUCAUGCUAUGGGCUAUCGUUUUAGCCAACAAAGAUAUAGUUUUUUUUCCUUGUGUGUAUGUGUGGUGUGUGGAGAUUGGAGAAGGCCUUUAAUUUGACAUGUAUAAGUUGACUCAACUGCUGGAAAGAUGUGUAUAUAGGCAUACAAUCGACAUGGUUACGUACAGUGAUCAAUUUUUUUUCCAAAUAGGUACAGUGAUCAA